AUAGAAGCAAAAAUCGAAAAAGGAAAAAGGUGUGUCUCCUCUCUCCGGCAUCCAUCAUCACCAAUAACUCCACCAGCCAUAAAGACGGCACACUCCCACACACCAGACAACUCCUUUUCUUUCGCCGUUUACUUCUCUCCUCUCACAUCUUCUUCUUCAGAUGAUCUAGAGCAUAAGAACAACAAAUUUCACACACCAUCUGUUCUUAUCUCCGGUCAAUUCCUCUUAUUUCAUACACCCAGAAAUCCGUCGCUUUCCGGCAUAAAACCACCAUAACCACCAACUUUUUCACUUGUCAAUUCAAACCCCGUCAUCCAGUUCCACAAGUCGUCAAAAGAUCUCCUGUCAUCUUCUCUUUUUCUCAAUUUCGAACUUUCUAAUGAAUCCAAGCUUUGUUCUGAGCUUUCUUCAACCACCGUCCAUGGCUAUUUAGAUCCCUACUGUUUAAAACCCCAUUGACGAAAGAGAAACGGUGAAAAAAAAUGUGGACGAAGACGACGCCGUUUCUAGUGAUUGCUGCUGUUCUGUUGUUAUUAUCGCCGGACACGACGAUUCUCGGAGUGGGGUCUUUGAAUGUGGCCCUGAACGACGACGUUUUGGGGCUUAUGGUGUUUAAAGCAGACAUUCAAGACCCCUACUUGAGGCUUUCUACAUGGAAGGAAGAAGACGACAGUGCUUGCAAAUGGAGCGGAGUUACAUGCGACCCGUAUUCGAACCGGGUAACGGAGCUCCACUUAGAUGGGUUCUCUCUCUCGGGUCAUAUCAGCAAAGGUUUGUUGAGGUUACAGUUUCUUCAAACACUUUCUCUCUCUAGAAACAAUUUCACUGGACUCAUCGGCAACCCCAUUCUCACACAACUCAUCAAGAGCUCACAAGUAAUCGAUUUGAGUGAAAACGGGUUUUUUGGGUCCAUACCCGACCAACUGUUCGUCGAUUGUGGGUCAAUUAGAUCCCUUUCAUUAGCCAAGAACAAGUUAACUGGUGUAAUCCCUGAUUCAUUUGGUUCAUGUAUGACUUUGCAAAAUGUCGACCUUUCGUCGAAUCAGUUAUCAGGUGGUUUACCCAAUAAUAUCUGGUCGUUAACUUCAUUAAGAUCAAUUGAUUUGUCAAAUAACUUUUUUGAUGGUGAAAUCCCACAUGAAAAGAUUGAGACCUUGUUUGAUUUAAGGGUUCUUAAUUUAAGCAGCAAUAAUUUCAGUGGUGAAUUGCCUGAGAAGAUUGGAGAAUGUUUGUUGUUGAAAUCAGUUGAUUUUAGUAACAAUUACUUCGUUGGAACCAUUCCUUCGUCUCUACAGAAGCUUAGUUUAUGCAAUGUGCUUAAUCUCAGAGGGAAUUACUUCGCCGGAGACCUCCCUGAGUGGAUCGGGAAUCUAAAAAGCCUUGAAGUACUUGAUAUCUCGGUUAAUAAUUUCUCCGGUUUGUUUCCGACCUCAUUAGGCGAUCUUGAAGCAUUGAACACUUUGAAUCUUUCGUUGAAUCAAUUCACCGGGAACUUGCCUGAGUCAUUGGCGAAUUGCAUAAACCUCUCAGUUGUUGAUUUCAGCCGGAAUUUGUUCACCGGAAACAUUCCUGUUUGGGCUUUCAGCCUCCUACGAUUGAAAGGCGUUUCUCUUUCCGGGAAUCAAUUGACUGGAACUCUCGACUUUGGUGAAGCUGCUGCCGCUUUUGACACUCUAGAAAUCAUGGAUUUAUCUUCCAAUUCGUUUUCCGGCAUCAUCCCUUCAUCCAUCGGAAAUUUCAGCAGCUUGGUGUUCUUGAACAUGUCAUGGAACAGUCUCACGGGUCCUAUUCCCUCCAGUUUGGGGCAAUUAAAAGCUGUUAAUGUCAUUGAUUUUAGCCAUAAUUGGCUCAAUGGAACCAUCCCCGAUGAAAUCGGUGGAGCAGCUUUAUUGGAAGAAUUAAGGCUGGAGAAUAACUUUUUCACCGGCGAAAUUCCUGCAACUAUCGGAACAUGCUCUAUUCUAACCACUCUAAUCUUAUCCGAGAACAACAUCACCGGUGGGAUUCCGUCAGGUAUUGCAAACUUAACGGAGCUUGAAUCUGUUGAUUUAUCAUUCAACCACCUCACCGGAGGUUUACCAAAAGAGCUCACAAACCUAACGAAUCUCAUCAUCUUCAACAUCUCCCACAACGACCUUGAAGGUGAACUCCCUCUAGGAGGCUUCUUCAACACCAUACCCCUCUCUUCAGUUUCCGACAACCCAUCUCUAUGCGGAUCCAUAGUCAACCAAUCAUGCCCAGGUGCACACCCAAAACCCAUAGUCCUGAACCCAAACCCAUCUCACUCAAACCAUGAUUCACCACCAUUAACCCUAGGUCACAAACGAAUCAUUCUCAGCAUCUCAGCCAUCAUAGCCAUAGGUGCAGCAGUGUUCAUAGCAUUGGGUGUAAUCAUUGUUACCAUCCUCAACCUCCAUGUCCGGAACUCUCUUUCCCGGUCACCCGCCGGAGCUUUGACUUUUUCCGGCGGAGACGAGUUCAGUCACACCCGGUCUCCGAGCUCCGAUUACGGGAAACUCGUGAUGUUUUCCGGCGACACCGAAUUCGUCUCCGGGACCCACGCGUUGCUCAACAAGGAAUGUGAACUCGGGCGGGGCGGGUUCGGGGUGGUUUACUGGACCGCUUUAGGAAACGGGCGAUCCGUUGCCAUCAAAAAGCUUCACGUCCCGAGUUUGAUAAAAUCCCGGGAAGAUUUCGAUCGAGAAGUUAAAAAACUCGGGAAGAUUCGUCAUUCAAAUCUCGUGUUACUCGAAGGGUAUUACUGGACUCCAUCUUUACAACUUUUGAUUAACGAAUAUGUAUCGAGUGGGAGCUUGUAUAAGCAUCUUCACGAAGGAAAUUACGAAAAUACCCUCACGUGGCGGGACCGGUUCGAUAUUAUACUCGGUACUGCUAAAGGGUUGGCUCAUUUGCAUCAGAUGAAUGUGAUUCAUUACAACAUGAAGUCAUCUAAUGUCUUGAUUGAUUGCUCCGGUGAACCAAAGGUAGGUGACUUUGGGUUGGCCGCCCUGUUGCCGUCGUUAGACCGCCAUGUUUUGAGCGGGAAGAUUCAGAGCGCGCUUGGGUACAUGGCACCGGAGUUUGCGUGUCAGACAGUGAAGAUAACAGAGAAAUGUGAUGUUUAUGGGUUUGGGAUUUUGGUUCUUGAGGUGGUGACAGGGAAGAAGCCAGUGGAGUAUAUGGAGGAUGAUGUGGUGGUGUUGUGUGAUAUGGUGAGAGGGGCGGUGGAGAGUGGUGGGGCUGAGGGGUGUGUUGAUGGAAAGUUGAAAGGUGAUUUUCCGGUGGAGGAGGGUAUUUCGGUAAUUAAACUUGGGUUGGUGUGUGCAUCACAGGUGCCAUCAAAUCGUCCUGACAUGGAAGAAGUGGUGAAGAUUUUGGAGUUGAUUCGGUGUCCACCGGAAAAUCAAGAAGAGAUAGUAUGAGAAAGGGCAAAAUGCUGGUGGCAAAGAUGAACGACUGUUGAAGGAGAGAGUACAAACAGAUGGAAGCAUGAUUCUUUGGCGAGAGCAUUUUGCUUUUUGUUUGAUAUAGGUUUAGGAUCUAUACUUGUGGUUGUUUAAGGUUGUCUUUUGGUUUUUUUGAUUGUUUUUUUGUGGGAUUUAUGUUUUGUUUCCUACUUCUACCCAUUUGUUGAUAUUUGUUUUAGGUUACAAAUCACAAAUUUACAGGGCAAAUUUGUUGA